AUGUUGUCGUCUAUUCACCUUCUUCUUGGAGCUGCCGUCGCCUGGGGCGUCUAUAGUUGCAUCUCCAGCUUGCAGCGCAACAUAGCCGAGGCAAAGAAGUCUGGCUUGCCAUACAUCCUGGCCCCCGUAUCGCCUUUCUCCGUGCUAUGGCAGCUCACUCAUAAGCUCUGGCUUCCCUUCAUCAAGGCUCUUCCCAAAUCUUGGUGGGAGCACUGGCUACCAAUCGCCACACCAAACUAUGCCUACGAUCUCCUCCAUGAGCCCUUUGCGCGCCACGGCGAGACUUUUAUGGUCGUAUCACCCUUCCAAAUCCUAGUCAUUACCGACAGCGCCGAAGCAAUCCACCAAAUCACACAGCAGCGCGAAAAGUUCCCUAAGCUGGUUGAAACCUACGAGAUUCUCAAGCAGUUUGGCGAAAACGUCCUGACCACCGAGGGUACCCUCUGGCGCAUGCACCGCAAGGUCACAUCUGCCACCUUCAACGAGAAGAACGCCGCGCUGGUGUUUGCCGAGUCUAUCAAACAGGCGCAGAGCAUGACGCAAAACUGGCUCGGGCGAGACGGUAAGAGCAGAAAGACGAUUGAGACAUUGGAUCACGACACGAUGCGUCUCGCGCUCAACAUCAUUAGCUAUGUUGGCUUCGGCAUGCCCCUUCUCUGGCCCGGACAAUCACUUCCUGUGGGCACGGAUCCGAAACUCACCAAAUACAGCUCCCUUGAGGCACCGCCGGGUCAUACAAUGAGUUUCGUGGAUGCGAUUGCCGAGAUGUUGGAACAUAUUUUGGUUUUGUUGCUGGUCCCGCGAUGGCUCUUGAAGCUGCUACCUUUCAACUACACGAGGGUGGCGCUGGAUUCCCAUGAUAACUAUGUGCAGUACAUUGACGAGCUGAUGCAAGAUAAGAUUGAGGAUUUGCAGAACGGUGAGCAUGGCGAUGUGGGCAUGGAUCUUAUGGGCCAGCUCGUACGUUCCAAGUAUGGCAAUGACGGAGGAAUCAGUGGAGGCGCAAACGGUAUUGUGAGCAAGAGCAAGGAUUCCAAGAUUCCUCAGCUAUCCAAAUCAGAAAUCACCGGAAAUGCCUUCAUCAUGCUCGUUGCCGGCCACGAAACGACAGCGAAUGCCAUGAACUUCAGUUGUAUCGAGAUUGCCUGCAACCCGACGGCGCAGCGGCAGUUGCAACGAGACAUCGACAAUAUCUUUGGCGAUAGUGACCCGAGCACCUGGAACUACGAGAGCACGGUCAACCCAAUGCUUGCCUCGAUGCUAGGCGCUUGCAUGAACGAGACACUGCGGAUGACGCCGGCCGUGACGGAGAUUCCCAAAAAAGUCAGCCCUGAGGGUGACGGGAUCCUGUCUUUGGAUGGCGAGAAACACGUGCUACCCAAAGGCGCGCACAUCUCGAUCGUGGGAGUGGCAGCGCAUCGUAACCCGCGAAACUGGCCGUCGAAGCCGAGCAAGGUGACAGGCGAAUCGCACGACUUGAACGACUAUGUGCCAGAGCGUUGGUACCGGCAAAACAUAAAUGCCGAACAGACGGAUGUCAAUGGGGGAGACACGGAAGAUUAUGGCGGAUACAAGGGCUCCGAUACCAGUGAGAAGAUGUUCCGGCCGGUGCGGGGAUCUUACGUCCCCUUCUCCGACGGCCCGCGAUCGUGCCUGGGGCGUCGGAUUGCCCAGGUGGAGAUUAUCGCCGCUUUGUCCGUCAUCUUUCAGCGGUAUAGUCUCGAGUUAGCGGUGGACGAGUGGGCGAGCGAUGCUGAAGUCGAGGCAAUGGAUCAAGCAGAGAGGGCGAACUUGUAUAAAAAGGCGCAGGACAAAUGUCGGCAGACGCUGAAGGCUGCCACAGCAAUGCUGACGUUGAAGCUGCCGCAAGGGACAAGUGUCCCGCUCCGCAUCGUACCGAGGGGAGAGGAGAGGUUUGUAAAUUUUAUCGACUCUAACUAA